AUGGCUGCCCGUACCAUUCGAGCAUCUUUGGCUGCUUCCCGCACCAUCAUCGCCGCUGCCCGGCCUGCGAUUCGCCCCGUUGUGGCACGAGCCGCCUGGGUUCAACCCAUCUCCAGGACUUUUACGGCCAGCUCGGCAAGGCUCGGCGGAGGCGAGACCGAUGCCGCUCUUUCGGCCAAGCUCCAAGAGGAGCUCAAUUUCGAGAAGGACUCGCAAGCGGCGAUGGCCGGUCAAGAGCCCGAGUGGCUAGAGGAGUUCAACCAGAAUGGCGUUUGGGCUGUCAACGACAGGGUUGGAAACGGCGAGGUUGUGCUUACCCGAAGCUUUGGCAACGAAAAGCUCAAGCUCACCUUUUCGAUCGAAGACCUCGACAACCCUCCUGACACCUCUGACUUGACUCCUUCUGAGGGCGAAGGAGAAGAGGCCGAGAACACUUUCCCCAUUCGAUGUUCCUUGUCGAUCACCAAGCCUUCCGGCGGAUCACUAGUCAUGGAUCUCUUGGUCGAGAACGAGGCGUUCGUCAUCGACAGCGCUCAAUUCUACUCGGACGCAAAGCUGGCAGAGGAUAUGACCGCUGAGGGUGACUGGAAGCGUAGGGCGACUUAUGUCGGACCUCGAUUUGACCACCUGGACAGCACCGUUCAGACCGAGUUCGAGAACUACUUGGACGAGCGAGCAAUCAACCAAAACUUGGCCUUGUUCAUCCCCUUGUACUGCGAAUACAAGGAGCAGAAGGAAUACAUGACCUGGCUCGAAAAGGUCAAGCGAUUCAUCGAUCAGUAG